CUCGCGAGAAAAUAGCGUCAGAGUGACAACAGGAAGUGUCACCUGAGGCUUGCUGGUACAAGGCGGAAGACAUCGGCUGCACUAUCCACCAUCUUAGGAUGUCUUCCAACGAAGAAGGUUACGUGGUCAGGAUCAGAGGCCUCCCUUGGGCCUGCACCCAGGGGGAAGUGGCCAGUUUCUUCUCAGACUGUGACAUCAUAGGCAAAGUCAACGGUGUGUGUUUCACCUACUCGAAAGAAGGCCGCCCGAGCGGCGAAGCGUUUAUUGAGCUGAAAACAUCAGAGGAUUUCAAGAAUGCGCUUUCCAAAGAUCGUAAAUACAUGGGACACCGAUACAUUGAAGUGUUCAAGUCAAACCGUAGCGAGAUGGACUGGGUGCUGAAACGUAGCGGCCCUGCUGACUACGACAGCUCUAGCGGCUGCAUGCUGAGACUCCGAGGCCUCCCCUUUGGAUGCAGCAAGGAGGAAAUUGUUCAGUUCUUUUCAGGGUUGAGAAUCGUGCCGAAUGGGAUUACUCUGCCAGUGGACUACCAGGGGAGGAGCACAGGGGAAGCCUUCGUGCAGUUUGCCUCAAAGGAGAUAGCAGAAAAGGCUCGGGGGAAACACAAGGAAAGGAUAGGGCACAGGUACAUUGAGAUCUUUAAGAGCAGUCGCGUCGAGAUCCGAGACUACCUGGACGAACCCCGGCGGGUGAUCGGGGGCCAGAGACCGGGGCCCUACGACAGACCUGUGAUGGAGGGCCCCAGGGGAGGAUACUUUGGCUCUGGUCUCAGUCGCAGCAGCUCUCUCAUGGACUCCAUGAGGGGCGUAGGGGGCUACGGGGGAGGUUAUGGACAUAGUUUUGACAGCUACAACGGAUUGAACAACUACGGCUUUGGGAACUACAUGUUUGAUGAGCGUGUAAGAGAAGAGCGAGGAGCAAGAGGCAACAGUUACAGUCGUCAAGCUGAAGGAGGCUCAAGUUACCACGGUGGCCAUUUUGUCCACAUGAGGGGUCUGCCUUUCCGCACCAGCGAGAUGGACGUCGCAAAGUUCUUCUCACCUUUGAACCCUCUGAGUGUCCACAUCGACGUCGCUCUCAACGGCAAGCUGACAGGAGAGGCUGACGUGGAGUUCCGCUCCCAUGAGGACGCCGUGGCCGCCAUGGGCAAGGACAAGCACCACAUGCAGCACCGCUACAUUGAGCUCUUUCUCAACUCCACAGCCAUCGGAUCGGAAACGAGUCGUGGUGGUUACUAUGGUAACUCGGGAGGCGGCUCACGGAGUAGCGGGCUGCGAGGCUCAUACUGAUGUCAUUACCUGACCUCUCUCUCAUGUUCCUCAAGGGCCACAUUUUGUCACCAAGUUGAUCUUUGGGUGUGCCACCUCUUUUUCCUUUCAUGCUUAUUUAAAAAAAUGCAUAAAAACAGUGAAUUACGUUGAGUUACAUUGAGUUAUUCAAUUUUGACGAUGAGACUGAACGGGUCGAAGCUGAAUAUGUUGAUGUUCCCAUCAACAUGUUCAGCUUGUCAGCUACUGACACAUGUUGGAAAUAUUUGGUAAAAUUCAUGCGAGUACAAUACAGUUGUGCUAGCACAGUUCAAAAGAAGUGUUCUAUAUUUUUUUGGGCCAACGACCACAUGGAUUGGUUGUGGUAUUCCCGGCUAAGUUUCUCUUUAAAAGUUAAACAAAUGUGACCCUGUGUUGAGUGAAUCUUUUCUCAGUUCAUGACAAAAAUUUCAGUUCAAUAUCUUCAGAAUGGAAUUUGAUUAAAGCUCAAGUCUACCAUUUACAACUGUUGUACAUUUUGCCCAAUAAAUUUUUAAAA